AGUCUAAAUAACUAUUAGUUACAAAACCAACUAAACAAUAAAUUAAUUUACUUGUAACCGUUGCGUUUGCAACAGUGUGCAACGGAAACCAAACAACAACAAAAAACUUCACUUUCAAAAACUCUUCAAUUUAUUAAAAAAAAAACCAACACAGACUAACACACAAGCAACAGAAGUGCUAAAUAGAAUUUGCAACUCACGCGCUUUUCCAAUUUCCUUUUGUAAACGUUAAGCAGCGAGAGCACAUACAUAAAAACAACAACAACAAACAGCGCGAGCAACAACUGCAUAGACAAAGUGGAGUCGCGCGUCACAAUUUGCAGUCAACAACAAAAAACUGUAAAUACAAAUACAACAACUAAAUUUAGUGCAGAAAAUUUUGCGCUCUGCUAGAAUUUCGAGACGAAGCGUUGCAGUCGUGCAAGAACGUCAGUCAGUCAACGACGGCGCUUGCCACAAGUGACUCGCAGCAGAAACCGCUAGGUCGCAAGAAGCGCGAAGAAGAAGAAAAUCAGUGAAGAAGCGAGAAGUAAAUAAUUGGAGAAGUAUUUGAAAACUGUUUACGAAUGGAUUUUUUAUAAAAUUUUUAAGCAUUUCUGCGAAUGUGAUUUAGUGCGUACUUGAACCCGCAAACUAGCCAAGACACAUACCAGUUAAAGUAAAACGCCCCCUAUACAACCAAAAGCUAAGAAAGAAAAGACUGAUUUUGAAUUGAAACUUCCAAGAAGUACUCAAAUCAAAGAAAACGUGUGCGUGUAAGUUGAGUGUUGAGCACAGCGCCGAGCUGAAGCUUUUAAAUCGACGAAUUGUGUGGUUUUCAAAACAACAACAAUUCACACUGUGUAUAUAUCGAGCUGGUUCCUGUUUAACAGUAGCAUUAAAAAGUGACGAACUUGAAAGGAAAUAAAAAAACUAAAAGCUGAAUUCUUAAAAUCUAAAACUGACUAAAGCGAAAACUACAGGGAUAUAAACCAAACCGGUAAAACUAAAAUAUUGAAAUUGAACCUACUGACUUGCAAACACAUUUGAAAUUACCGCUGCGCUCCUGCUGUAGCGCCACAAUUGUAAACGCGUAGCGCCAACGAGUACCAAAAACAAAAAAUCCAAAUAAAUCCCGAGAGCCGACUUUAGCGCGCCACUCACGAGACGCCACAAACCAUGGCCAACGGCAACGGCAACAAUGCCAGCGUCGCCGCUACUAAUGGCGAAGGCAACGGCUUGGCAACCAAUGGCGGCACAACCACAACUACGACCAAUGGCACUGGCACAACAGUGGCCGAGCACUUGAAUGGCGGUGGCGCUGCGAGCGUCGUAAAUACCAAUACCGCCGGAGUAGCGGAUGCUUUGGCAGCCGUUGACGCAGCAGCUGGUACAGGCGAUGCAACAGAUGAUGGUGUGGCUGGUGAUGGUGGCGGUGUUGGUGGUGGCGUUGUUGGUUUGGGCGGUGCCGCUUCCACCUCAUCUAUGGGUGGCGAUGAUGCUGGCACCGAUGCGGGCGCCAGCUCAUUGCCCCCGUCCGAAGAGGCGGGCGGUCGUCCACCACUCGAUACAGCUUGCUCUGAUGGCGGCGGCGGUCCAUCGAGUUUGGGCGGCGGCAUGGUUGGGCCACCAAGUCCACUAACCGGUUGUUAUUUGCUGAUCGUGCUGGGUGAGCCACAUUCGGAGGAGCAUAAGGAUAAUAUAUUGCAGCAUUUGUUGAAGGGUUUCCUCUCAUGGGACGUCGGUGAUUGCCACGUCGAUUUGGAGGAGGAAUUGAAUACGAUCACGCAACACGCACCAGAGGGAGAGGAAGCUCGUCACGGCGAACGACUCAUUCAGUAUGCUAGUGAGAAUCUAGUCACUGAAGUGCUUAUACACCCUCAGUACAAUACACUCAUACAAUGUAUGCGUAAUCUACUGAGCAGUUUUACACGACAUCGUCACAUUAUACACGCUGGCUACACGUUCUCCGGCAAUGGUUCCUGGAUCUUACAGGAUGGAACCUUCUCCGUCUCCGACUUCUCGGAGGCGUUUCAGGAACACGAUGUACAGCGUGUCAUACGUGCCUACGCCGACACGAUUACAAUGAAUAUACAUUGUGCCGAUGCCGGCCACUGGCACAGCUUGCCACACAAAAGUUUUGCACGCCUCUGCAAAAUACGCAUCAAUCCCGUUGAUGUAUUGGACACCAGCAGUGAGGGCAUCAAUGCCUUUAUUGACUAUCUAGCACCACUGCUCGUGCCCACAUCACUGCGGGAAUUGCUUGAGACCUCGGAUGUUGUGGGUAAUAUACGCUUUACGCAUCCAACACUAUAUGUCUUCCCCGGUGGACAGGGAGAUGCUGCACUCUUCGGCAUCAAUGGUUUUAAUAUGUUGGUUGAUGGUGGCUUUAAUCGCAAAGCUUGCUUCUGGGACUUCGUACGACACCUAGACCGCUUGGAUGCCGUCCUCAUGACACGCCUUAACAAUAGCAACAUACAAGGUAUCAGUUCGGUAGUAUCUCGCAAGCGUGAUGCCCAUGUUUAUCCACAAAUUGGACACUUCUUUGGUAAUGUGCCCGAUCGUAAAGGUGGUCUGCCCAGUCCCGAUGGCGACAAAGACCGCGAUCCAUUGCUGGUUGAUCUCUUCGAACAUGGCCACAAUUUGGUAAGCGAUCUUAAGUCGCUGGACUUGAAACCACAAAACUGUUAUCGCAACCAAGAGCCAAUAAAUCUGUAUCACAAAGUUGGACAUGGCACACUGGAUAUGUAUGUGAUUAGUCCUGCGCGUGACUCGAAAGAAGUAAAAGAAUUCUUAUCGAAGUGGCACUCCGGCGAUCAGCGUCUUUUUGCCGCACGUGAUACACGCGAAUUCAAUUUCCCACUACAAAACUUGGUUUCGAUCUGCGCGCUGCUGGUGUGGCAACCAGCCAAUCCAGAUGAUACUAUCACCCGUAUACUCUUCCCCGGUAGCACACCUGAUUUUAAGAUACAAGAAGGCUUGGAAAAACUCAAGCAUCUAGAGUUCAUGAAGCACUCAACCUGCACUGCCAAAUCAAUUGCACCAGCUAUACAAACUGUGGUAACUACACGAAAAACAUUCAAGUCCGCCAUCGGUGCGCCUAUUGAGCCACUGAGCGUAACAGCUAAACCUAAAUUCGCACCAGUUGCUGCCGCGGCUGUUGCUAUACAGCAAGACAACAAAACUAAAGAGGCCGCAGCUGCCGCCGCCGCUACACAAGUCAUCGAAGAGACUAAAGUAGAGAAAGUAGAGGCUGAAAAAAUUGUGUUACCAAAGAAAGAAGACUCGGUGGACACUGAUGAACCUGCUGCUGAAACUGGCGAUGAGGCUGUGCCUGAACCAGAACCAGCUAUUGAGGUAGAGAGCAAGGAGGAAGACAAACCCGAUGGUGAAACAGCAGAUGAGGACAAUAAAGAAAAAGAGGCCGAAACUGAGAAGAAGGUUGAGGUAGUAAUUGUUAAGCCACAGCCACAAGCUGCACCACAAAAGGAAGAAACGCCUACACCAGAGGUAAUUAAACCAAGCAGGGUUGCCAAAGGAAAGGGGGAUAAACCACGUGCCGAAGUCAAGCCUGUAGUGCGUUCACGCAUUGACACCAAACCACCCAAAUCAAUGGAGCGCAAGGGUAUAAGGAAGGACUUGACUGCUGAGAAGAAGGCCUCACCCACUGCUACGCCACGCAAAGAGCCUGCAGCACCAAAACCGGGCGCAGCACGGGAUGUAAAACCUCGCAUUAUUACACGUGCCACCAAAUCCAGCCCCAGCAGUACGCCAGCCAAGAGCGCAAAAGACGCUAACAAUCGCAAGGUGCUCGAAUCGAAGCAGCAAGCGACACGACAAGUUACCAGCACUUCCACUACUACGACCACACGUCGUGAAAUGACGCGUACCACUGCAGCGGAACGCAAGGAAACACGCACACAACAACAGCAAGCUCAACAACGUAAACCAAUUUCACGGCGUCCACGUGGCGCUUCGCCAACAAAACGGGCACCCGGCAGUCCAGUCAAGUCGGCUAAGCCUAAAGCGGAUUUGAAGAAAUCACGUCUAGAUAAAGGUGGCACCACAGAUUCCAGUCUGGUGUCAACGCCAUCGGCAGAUGAGGCAGUUGCUGCGAAAAAACUACAAGAUCUGACCGCGUCGCAAGAGUUGGAUGCUGAGAAGCAACGUGAACUCGACGAUCUCAAAGAAGAACAAGAAGUUGUACGUGAAAUAGAAGCAGUCUUUAGUCGUGAUGAAAUGAAACGACAAAAGCAAUUGGCUGCUGAAAUGCGUGAAAUGUCUAAACAGGAUAGCACUACUGAGGCCGAAGAAGAGGAAGAGUAUUUGAUAAUCGAAAAGGAAGAGCUCGAUCAAUAUACCGAGGAUUCAAUUGUGGAGCAGGAAAGCAGCAUGACGAAAGAAGAAGAAAUUCAAAAACAUCAACGUGAUUCACAAGAGUCCGAGAAGAAACGAAAAAAGAGCGCAGAAGAGGAAAUCGAAGCCGCUAUUGCCAAAGCAGAAGCCGAAGAACGCAAGGCACGACUCGAGGACGAAGCUGCUGAUGAAGCACCUGAAGCGAUAGAAGCUGCAGUAGAGGCUGGCGAGGAACAAGUUGAAGAACCUGCACAUAAAAUAACUACUCCAGAGAAGUCAGAAAUUAAAGCCGAGUUGCAAGAAAUAAUUACCACAGCCAAGGAUAUAGUCACAACACGCACUGAAGAGCAAAUAACCAAAGCCGAAGAAGAACUCUCUUCACCUACGCCUGAGGACAAAAUAAGCAGCGCGAAGAAAACUUCCGACACCAAAGAUGAGCUUAUCGAACAACCUGAAAUUAUGCCUGCCAAUUUACAAGAAAGUCUCCCAGAAGAGAAAUUCUCAGCUACAAUCGAGUCCGGCGCUACUACAGCGCCAACGCUGCCCGAGGACGAACGCAUACCUCUCGACGAAAUCAAGGAAGACUUAAUAAUCGAAGAGAAAUAUAUUAAAGAAGAAACCAAAGAAACUGACCAGGCGGCUGGAUAUGAAGUAGCAGACGUUAAACCAACUGAACCUGCUGUAACGGCAGCCGGCAUUGUCAUUGAGAAGAUAGCCGAGCCCGUAAUUGUCGGCUUAGCUACCGCAGAACGUGUACUGCCAAUGAAGAUGACUUUUCAGGCACAACAAAAUCUACUGCGCGAUGUUGUUAAAACUCCAGAUGAAGUAGCAGAUUUGCCUGUACAUGAAGAAGCCGACUUGGGUGUCUAUGAAAAGGAUACACAAGAAAGCGGUAAAGUCAUUUCGCAUAAAGAAGAAAUUACAAAGGAGGAAAAGGAAACUGAAGAAAAAGAUAUUUACGAAGGUAAAGAAAUUGAAGUUGCAGAGGAAAUAGGGACAAUAGAUAAGGUAGAUGAUGAGAAGGUGAAAGUGGAGAUUGCAGAAAAACCAUUGCAAGCAACCGAGGAAAGCGCUGUGUCUCCAACUGAAAAGAAACCGCUCUCACCUAUAGAAAAACCAAUUUAUUCUCUCGAAAAGGAAACAACUCCCAUCAAGAAAGCCGCUUCCCCUGAUGAGAAACCAGGUUCUCCUUUGGAUAAACUGCCAUCUCCUACCGAAAAAGAAGAAAUACCAGCCGAAAAAGUAUCCUCUCCCACUGAGAAGCCAGAGUCCCCUGUCAAGCAGCAACCUUCACCUGCUGAAAGGCAAAUAUCUCCCGCUGAAAAAGAAACGACACCAGUAAAGGAAGAAGAGACGUCAUCCGAAAAGCUUACUACUCCAUCCGAGAAACCUGUUUCUCCAACAGAAGAAGAGACUCCGAAAGAUAACAAACAAGCUUCCGCUAAAACGGAUAUUUUGACUAAGGAGACCCCGGCAGUUAAGGAAGUUAUUUCACCUGCAGAAAUAUCCGUUUCUCCAACUGAAAAAGACACUCAACAAUUAGAUAAAACGACAUCAUCCGCUGAGAAGCCUACAUCACCUGUUGAGAAGAAAGUGCUUAAAUCAGAAGAUAUUAUAACUGAGACGACACCAUCACCAACCGAAAAAUCCGUCUCUCCAACUGAAAAGAAAACUACCGAAGUAGAGAAAGAGCCAUCACCUCUUGCAGCUUCUCCAACUGAAAAGGAGGCUCCAAAAGUUGGGAAAGUACCUUCCUCCAUUGAGAAGCCUCCUGUUGAGGAAGAAAUAGUAAAAGCAGACGAUAUUGCAACCGAAAAAGCUGCUUCUGAAACGGAAAAAGAAUAUUCUCCAACAGAAAAGGAGCCUGAGAAAGUAACUUCACCAGCAGAAAAAGACGUUUCUGCAGCUGAAAAGGAGACUUUGCAUGUAGAUACUGUAACUUCACCUCUUGCAAGUUCUCCAACCGAAAAAGAGGCUCCACUGGUUUCGAAAUUACCGUCUCCUGCUGAGACGCCUGCAUCUCCUGUUGAGAAAGAAGCCUUGAAACCAGAGGAUAUUUCAACUGAAAAGAAAUUGUCACCAGCAGAAAAAUUGGAAAAAGAAAUUAUUAAAACUGAGCACAUUUUAAGGGAGAAAGAUGCUUCAAUAGUAGAAAAAUCCAUCUCUCCAAUCGAAAAAGAAGCUAUAGAAGUAGACAAAGCUCCUUCUACAGCUGAUCAACCUACUCUAAAGGAAGUGCUACCUGCCUCAGGGAUUCACAAAGAAGCUGAAAAGGUUUCAAGGGCUGAGGAUAAACCAACUUCUCUAGUAAAAACAGAAGAAGCUGCAACUGAUAAGAUGAUCGAGAAACCAAAAUCACCUAUAGAGUUAGAAGUACAAAAGAAAGAUAUUUUAGCCGCUGAUGCAGAAAAACCAGUAACUUCAUUAGAGCAAGAACUAGCAGAAUCUCAUAAAGCGAGCUUACCUUUAGGUAUAUCCGCUGAGGAACCAACUUCUGAUAAAAAAGGCACGCCUCCUAAAGAUAAAUUAUCAUCACCUGUUGACAAAGCACCUACCGAAGAGUCAAAGAAGUCUACAAGCACCCCUGAAGAAAAGGAUGGUAGUGAAAUUACAUCAGAGGACGAGCUUCCUGCGCUAGUACUUGCAGAUAUUGAUACAUCUAAGCCAAAAGAUAAAGACGACACAGUUUCAGUAGGAAGUCCAGCAACUAUCGAAGAAGCUAUCGAGGUUGAAAUGCUGAAGUCUUUACAGGCCAGUAGAAAAACUUCUCAGGAAAUAAAAGAUACUGAUUUGAAGGUGGAAUCUCGUAAAACAUCGGUAGUGUUAGAUGAAAAAGAAGAAGAAAAGGAAGAAAAAGUCGAACUUUCUUCAAAAGAAAAAUCUCCUGUCGAAAGUAUCAAAGAUGAGAAAUCAGCACUCGUCUCCAAAGAAGCAUCACUGCCAGGGUCAACUGUCGAAAGUAUUAAAGAUGAAAAGUCCCCCUCUGCAUCCAAAGAAAUCUCUCGACCAGCUUCUGCUGCAGAAAGUAUUCAUAGUGAUGCUGAAAAAUUCGAAACAGAAACUGUUUCUUCUCCGGUUGAUAUGGCACCAAGAAAAAUUGAUACUACUGAUCUUACUUUAAUGUUGGACGUUUCAAAAGGAGAUACCAAACUGCCAACAUCAUCAAGUCCUGUCGAUGUGGCGGAAGGCGAGUUCUCGGAAGUUAAAGACACAUUUGUAAAAACUCAAAUAGCAUCUGCUGAGAGCACUGCUGUUAGUGGUACGGAGACCGUUUCCAGCCCUAUAGAUGAAGCAAAAGAUCUAAUUACAGAAGCUGAUAUUACUGCUCGUCCGGAAAGUCCAGAAGCAGAAAAAUCACCUGUUAUAUCAAAAGAAACAUCCCGCAAGCCAUCACAAAGUGAGUCUGCAGCCGGUAGUACUAAAGACAAAACAUCUCCCGUCGCUUCUAAGGAUACAUCUCGACGAGAGUCUGUCGCAGAAAGCAUAAAGGUUGACAAAUCUUCAAUCACUUUCAAAGCAGAUACCGAUACGGAAGACCUCAAAGACCAAAAGUCACCUGGAAUACCAACAAAACCUGCCCAAACCCCUUCCACAGCCACAAAAAAAGAAGACAAGUCGUUUCUUGAUCCAAAAGAAGCGUUAGAGCCAGAAACAACUAAAGAAAGUCUUAAAGAAGAAAAAUCACCAAUCAUAUCUGAAGAAGUAUCUCGUACUGAGUCUGUUGCAGAGAUCACCCAAGAAGAAAACGAUCAAUUUAUUGAAACAAAAACUGCGCCAUCAGCAGUGGAUAAGGCUUCCACUAAGUUAGAUCAAACAGAACUGGCACUUGAUUUAGAUAAAAUAAAAGCCGACACUAAACUUCCAACAUCUUCAAGUCCUGUAGAUGUUGCUCAUGGUGACUUCCCUGAAGUAAAAGAAACAUCUGUUGCAUAUAAAACAACUCCAGCAGAAGAAACCACUGUAGCAGGCGCGGAAACAGUAUCCACUCCAGUUGAUGAAGCAAAAGAGUUAACUGGUAUCAAUGCAGAGGAGAUAACACGCCCCGAAAGUCCUGAAGGUGCUUCUCCUAAAAUCUCUAAAGAAAGCUCUCGACGACCAUCUGUGGGAGACAAUGACGAUAAGUCACUACUCAUAUCAAAGCCAGGGUCGACAGAAGAAAGUUUGAAAGAUGAAAAAUCCGCUGUUCCUUCUGCGGAGCCCUCACGACGAGAGUCCGUGGCAGAAAGUGUCAAAGACGAAACGCCGGUAGUUACAUCAAAGCCCGUUUCGGUAGAGGAGAGCAUCAAAGAUGAAAAGUCCGCUGCUCUUUCUGUAGAGCCCUCACGUCGAGAGUCCAAGGCAGAAAGUAUUAAAGAUGAAAAGUCAGCAGUCGAGUCCAAACCCGUAUCGGUAGCAGAGAGUUUCAAAGAUGAAAAAUCUGCAACUCCUUCUGUAGAGCAUUUAUGUCCUGAACCUGUGGCUGAGAGUAUAAAAGAUGAAAAGACACCAGCCGCAUCGAAACCCGCUUCGGUAGUAGAGAGCGUAAAAGAUGAAAAAUCUGCUGCUCCUUCUGCAGAGCCUUCAGUACCUGAAUCCGCCGCUGACAGUAUUAAAGAUGAAAAGUCACCAGUCGCAUCGAAACCCGUUUCGGUAGCAGGCAGCGCCAAAGAUGAAAAAUCUGCUGCUCCUUCCGCAGAACCUUCACGUCCAGAGUCUGCGGCUGCUCCUUCCGCAGAACCCUCACGUCCAGAGUCUGCGGCUGAGAGUAUUAAAGAUGAAAAGUCACCAGUCGCAUCAAAGCCGGCUUCGGUAGUAGAGAGUGUCAAAGAUGAAAAAUCUGCUGCCCCUUCUGCAGAGGCCUCACGACGAGAAUCCGUGGCAGAGAGUAUUAAAGAUGAAAAGUCACCAGUUGAGUCAAAGCCCGCUUCGGAAGCAGCGAGUGUGAAAUAUGAAAAGUCCGCUGAUCCUUCUGCAGAGGCCUCACUUCCUGAAUCCACUGCAACUCUUGAUGCGGAAACUAUUAAGAUGAUUGAUAAAAUAACAGAAGAAGUUGAAAGCAAGUUAAAGGUGGCAGUCGAAGAAACAAUUGAGAUCACAGAAGAAGUUACUAAAGUCGAAGAUGAAUCUGCUAAGAUAACUGAAGUACUAAAAGAGGCAAUGGCUGAUGAAGUUAAGACGGUAGUCGAGGAAUCUGUUGAAAGAACUGAAGCUAUAAGCGAGGUUAUUGAAGAUAGGGCUGUGACUACAAUCGACGAGAUCAACAAAGUUACAAAAAUCGCUAAAGAGACAAUUAAAGGUGAAGCCAAAAAAGUGGAAGAAAAAACCGAGGCUAUAGUUGAGGAAACUUCCAAGAAGGUCAGCGACAUAAAAGAAGAUGUAACAUCAUCAAUAUCCGAGACCAUAGAUAAGGCCGUCAAAAAGACUGAAGAAAUUGAUGACAAACUGGAACUUUUAGCAGAAAAGGUGGAAAUAACGGCACAAGGAGCAGUUGAAAAAUUAGAUGAAACAACGAAGACUAUUGGCGAAGCUCUCCUUAAAACUGAAGAAAAACUUCAAGAUUUCACCAAACUUACAGAAGGAAAAAGUAAAACUGUAGAAAAAGAUAUAACAGAUAAGUUUAUUGAAGUGUCUCAAGCUAUCGAAGACAAGACAAAAACUAUAACUGAAGAAGUCUCCAGAAAAGUUGAAGAAGUAGAGACAGCGGCUGAGGAGAAAACAAAAGCUAUUGCUACAGAGGCCGACGAGAUAGCUGAAGUAAUCUCCAAAAAGUUUACUGACGCUCAAGAUUUCGCUGCUGAUAAAGCAAAGACAGCUAGCGAAGAAAUCGCAGAAAAGGUAACUACAGUAACAGAAAUAGCCGAAGAUGUGCAAAAGACAGCAGAAGGAAAAGCACAAGCCACUGCGCAAGCUUUAGUAGAAAUAAUUUCGGUUGUACCAGAGGUCGCCGAUGACAAAAUUGAGUCUGUUGCAGAUGGUGUAGACAAAUUGAUUGACGACGCAACAACUACCACAGCGGAACUUACCACAGCGGUUAGUGCCACGGUUGAGACAAUUACAACUGAUCUUUCCACAGGCAUUACUGGAUUCCUCAAAGAUGUCAAGAGCAGCAUAUUCAGCACUGCAGAGAAAAAACAUGAGAAGUUGAAGGAAAUCACAGAAGAAAUAAUCAAACCGGAACAAAUCGAACUGGACUCUUUGCCAACUGCUACAAAACUACCCCUAGAGCUAAGCACAUACUCAACUGAAUUAAGAGAAACCCAUAUUACUACGGUGGAAUCGCCCGAAUUUAAAGUGACGAUGACCGAACGCGAUGAAACCAUACUUCACGACAUUACAGAAGAGGACGAAGAGCACAGAAUAUCCCCACCCACAACAAAACCGGCAAUAUCCAGUGAACAGCCCUUACGUCCAGUUUCACCACGUGAAGAGGAGGUUGCUAAAAUAGUAGCCGACGUUGCCAAGGUUUUGAAAUCUGAAAAAGAUAUAACCGAAAUUAUUCCAGAUUUCAACGAGGAAAAGUUGAUACAGCGUUUGAAAACACCAGAAGAAACCGAGCCUGAAACCGUUACGGUUCAAAGAAUGCUGGUAACCGCCAGCAGUGAAGAUGGCGGAGAAGAAAUAGAUAUAUGUCCAAAAGGUAGUAUUGUUUUUACACCGACCAUGGCUCCCGAAACCAUACCAGAAAAAGUUUCUACAAUUAAACCACUGGACAUAGACUACCAACACUACACUGAAGACUCUGGCGCAGAGGAAUCAGAAAAGUCUUCUCCCGAGCUCCGUUCGGGUCCGAUAUCCAUUGAAGAAAAAGACAAAAUUGAAGAGUCCGAAAAGGAGCUUCGUAAAGAAGCCGCAACUAAGGUUGCAAAAGACGCACUGAAUAAAGAUACCAUCGAAUCUCGGCGAGAGUCAAUUUUGUCGACUACAGAAAGCAAGAAAGAUGAUAAGUCACCUGGGGCUUCCAAGGAACCAUCACGAACAGAAUCAGUUUCUAGCACUAAAGACGAAAAGAUUGAAGAAACUGUUGAAUUCCAUCGCGAGUCAAUUCUGUCGACUGCAGAAAGCAAGAAAGAUGAUAAGUCGCCUGUGACUUCCAAGGAAGCAUCCCGACCAGAAUCAGUUUCUAGCACUAAAGACGAAAAGAUUGAAGAAACUGUUGGCUCCCGUCGAGAGUCAAUUUUGUCGACUGCCGAAAGUAAGAAGGAAGAAACAGUCGAAGCUCGCCGUGACUCAGUUUUGUCGACUGCAGAAAGCACGAGAGAUGAUAAGUCGCCUACGGCUUCCAAGGAACCAUCACGACCAGAAUCAGUUUCUAGCACUAAAGACGAAAAGAUGGAAGAAACUGUUGAAUCUCGUCGGGAGUCAAUUUUGUCGACUGCCAAAAGUAAGAAGGAAGAGACGAUCGAAUCUCGUCGUGAGUCAGUUUUGUCAACAGCAGAAAUCAAGAAAGAUGAUAAGUCUCCAGUAGCUUCCAAGGAACCUUCACGACCAGAGUCUGUCGUCAGCACUAAAGACGAAAAGAUCGAAGAAACUGUUGAAUCUCGUCGGGAGUCAAUUUUGUCGACUGCCGAAAGUAAGAAGGAAGAAACAGUCGAAUCUCCNGAAGAAACUGUUGAAUCUCGUCGGGAGUCAAUUUUGUCGACUGCCGAAAGUAAGAAGGAAGAAACAGUCGAAUCUCGUCGUGAGUCAGUUUUGUCGACUGCAGAAAGCACGAAAGACGAUAAGUCGCCUGUGGCUUCCAAGGAACCAUCACGACCAGAAUCAGUUUCUAGCACCAAAGACGAAAAGAUUGAAGAAACUGUUGAAUUCCGUCGCGAGUCAAUUCUGUCGACUGCAGAAAGCAAGAAAGAUGAUAAAUCACCUGUGGCUUCCAAGGAACCAUCACGACCAGAAUCAGUUUCUAGCACCAAAGACGAAAAGAUUGAAGAAACUGUUGAAUCUCUUCGGGAGUCAGUUUUGUCGACCGCAGAAAGCAAGAAAGAUGAUAAGUCACCUGUGGCUUCCAAGGAACCAUCACGACCAGAAUCAGUUUCUAGCACCAAAGACGAAAAGAGUGAAGAAACUUUUGAAUCCCGUCGAGAGUCAAUUUUGUCGACUGCCGAAAGUAAAAAGGAAGAAACGGUCGAAUCUCGUCGUGAAUCAGUUUUGUCAACUGCAGAAAUCAAGAAAGAUGAUAAGUCUUCAGUAGCUUCCAAGGAACCUUCACGACCAGAGUCUGUCAUCAGCACCAAAGACGAAAAGAUUGAAGAAACUGUUGAAUCCCGUCGGGAGUCAAUUUUGUCGACUGCCGAAAGUAAGAAGGAAGAAACGGUCGAAUCUCGUCGUGAGUCAGUUUUGUCGACUGCGGAAAGCAAGAAAGAUGAUAAGUCACCUGUGGCUUCCAAGGAACCAUCACGACCAGAAUCAGUUUCUAGCACUAAAAACGAAAARAUUGAAGAAACUGUUGACUACCGUCGAGAGUCAAUUUUGUCGACUGCCGAAAGUAAGAUGGAAGAGACGGUCGAAUCUCGUCGUGAGUCAGUUUUGUCAACAGCAGAAAUCAAGAAAGAUGAUAAGUUUUCAGUAGCUUCCAAGGAACCUUCACGACCAGAGUCUGUCGCCAGCACUAAAGACGAAAAGAUUGAAGAAACUGUUGAAUCCCGUCGCGAGUCAAUUUUGUCGACUGCGGAAAGCAAGAAAGAUGAUAAGUCACUUGGGGCUUCCAAGGAACCGUCACGACCAGAAUCAGUUUCUAGUACCAAAGACGAAAAGAUUGAAGAAACUGUUGAAUCCCACCGAGAGUCAAUUUUGUCUACUGCCGAAAGUAAGAAGGAAGAAACGGUCGAAUCUCGUCGUGAGUCAGUUUUGUCAACUGCAGAAAGCAAGAAAGAUGAUAAGUCUCCUGUAGCUUCCAGGGAACCUUCACGACGAGAUUCAACAGACUCUCGUCUGUCGACUGCAGAAAGCAAAAAAGAUGAUAAGUCUCCUGUAGCUUGCACGGAACCUUCACGUCUGGAAUCAGCUUCUAGCAUUAAAGACGAAAAGAGUGAAGAAACUAUUGAUUCUCGUCGGGAGUCAGUUUUGUCGACUGCAGAAAGCAAGAAAGAUGAUAAGUCACCUCUGGCUUCCAAGGAACCAUCACGACCAGAAUCAGUUUGUAGCACUGUGUCGACUGCCGAAAGUAAGAAGGACGAACCGGUCGAAUCUCGUCGUGAGUCAGCUUUGUCAACUGAAGAAAGCAAGAAAGAUGAUAAGUCACCAGUGGCUUCCAAGGAACCAUCACGACCAGAAUCUGUCAUCAGCACCAAAGACGUUAAAAUUGAAGAAGCUGAAUUUCGUCGUGAGUCACUUUUAUCCACAACUGAAAGUAAGAAGGAAGAAGUGGUCGAAUCUCGUCGUGAGUCAGUUUUGUCAACUUCAGAAAGCAAGGAAGAUGAUAAGUCACCUGUGACUUCUAAGGAACAUUCAGGACAAGAAUCUGUUGCUAGCUUCAAGGAGGGGAAGACUUGGGAAGUUGGAAGUACUUCAGUUUUGGCGUCAACUGAGGUAAAAGAAGUGAUAGCUGCUAAAGAAGAACAGGUUGUGGAAACCGCUGACGUUCAUAUAAUUACGAUGGGAGAAAGGACUUCGGCGGUAACUAGAUCAGUGGAUAGUGAAAUCCUUACUCAGAAGGAGGAAUUGAAUAAAGCUGUCGUAGACACCACUGAAUCUAGAUCUGUACAUACGACGUUAGAGGAAAAGAAUGCUGAUUCAUUCACGACUGAAUCUGUAUCCUCAACAACGGAAAUAUCCACAGUUGUUAGUAAGUCAAUAGAUUCAUCCAUUCGUUCACAUCUUUGUGAGGAAUCUCAUAGUGAAUCCAUGAGUAGUGUUAAAAUGGAAGAUGAUUCUCCGAGAAAGUCACUUUCCAGUUUCCUUGCUAGCAAAGAUGAUCCUAAUAAAGGCGAAAGUAAAAAACUCGAAGAAUCUAUCGUGAAGUUUGUGAAAACUGAAGCGCUCACCCAAGCGGAGGAGUCCAUGACACAUUCAGAGGAAUGUUCUUCUGAGUCCAUAAUUAGUGAAAUUCAAACCAGCGAUAUAACAACACAAAAAUUAGAUACACACACAACGCUCAAAACUGCCGCCCAAAGUGAGGCUGUGGCCCUAGACGGUAAAGAAACUCUCAAGGACACCGUGGCUGAGUUCUUAGCCACAGAGAAAAUUGUUUCAGCGAAGGAUAGCUUUGUAAGUGACACAAAAGCAACAAAGCCUUCAGGUGAAACAUUAGAAAAGACUAUAAAAACAACAACAACACAAUCGACUACAGAAUCUCGUAGGACAUCUGAUUUACUGGCAAGCAUGAAAGACAUUUCGCGAAGAGAAUCCGAAUACAGCCAAACAAGCGAAGGACGGCACACACACAGCGAUCACGAAGACGAAGAGGAAAAUGAGUGUCUAAUUAGCAUGAAGGAGGGACGUUCUAAAUCUAUAGCUACUAUUAUGAUGACCAGCAUUUAUAAACCCUCCGAGGAUGUAGACACUUUUGAAAAGCUAGAAGAAGAGGAAAGUGAAGAACAUGCUGAAUGUCUUGAAGCAGCGGAAUCGACUGUCACCAAAUCCACAAGUAUCGUGCACAAGUCAAGUGAAAAAAUUAGUGCCGUGAGUUCCGAGGGCAAAUCGAAAAUAUCAACACAAUUGGAAACCAUAAUCUUAACACAACCACUUGAGAGUGAUCCAAAGACACCACCUACUGCUCCAGUGAGUCCUGGCAUAAAACAUUCCACAACUAGCGCAAGUACAGUAGUAACCACUACAACAACAUUAAGUGAAACUUGUGGCAGCAGUGCAGCUUCAGUGAGUGGACCACUCUCACCAAGAGAUAUUAGCGGUAAGUCCAGUCCCGGUGCACUCACAUCUGAAAGUCAAUCAUUACCAACACCUUUUGGUCGCGGUUCUCUUACAGAUGCGUCCGAAUCGUCGCCAAAGCCCACUUCGCCAUUCCCGCGUGUUAGCAAAGAAGAGCUUAAAUCAGCCAGCGCCGCUGUCAGCGAAGCUAUCAGCUCUGGCACUUAUGCAACACAAGAAUACAGCGAGAGCAUGUUGCCAGAUUUACAUGAGCUGCGCGGUAUAGAGAAGACAACUGCACUUAGUGGCAGCACUGAAAAAAUAAUCACAACAACUAUUACAACCGUAACCAAAGUGAUAUCUAGCGAUGGCAAGGAAAUCGUUAUGGAAGAGAAGACAGUUACAACCACAGACACCACGGAGCCAGAUGGUGAGAAGGUGACUGUAACCACCACACGUACUACCAGCGAAAGUGACAAAAGCGAUCACAUAUUGCCCAAGGAGGUGGCGUUGCUACGCGGCGCCUACCGUUCUUCCACACCCGGCAGCGACGAUGAACGUAUGACUGGCACUUACAUGAGUGAUGACGAGCUACCCGCAUCGCCACGCAGUCUUGCCUCAUCACAUGGCGCAAGCUAUGAAUUGCAACGCUCCAGCUCAGGCGUGAGUAAACGCUCCGACUUCGAUGUGGACGACAGCCAAGACGAUAUACCGCCACAAUAUGGCAGCGAAGAACACUCUGCCGCCCGCGCUGUAUCCUCAACCAUCAGCUGCCUACAAAAAAUCGCCGAUCCAAUGAGCACCUCAUUCUAUGGUGCAUUGCCUGACAGUUUCGACAUCAAGCCAACAGCACCAAUACCCAUAUGCGGCACCACAACGCAUACCGUAACCACGCGCACAUAUGUCGCCGACUCACCCCCUAGUCAAUCCACGGAAAGCAUCGAAAGCACUAGCCAAACCUCAGCCAGCCGUAAAGUCAUCAGCGGCGGCGCACACGCCAGCGUUGACAGUGGCGAUCACAAAUUCCUCGAAGAAGCCGACAUGGAUUUCGAAAAGGCGCUUGAGGAGCAUGUGCAAGUGCGUGGCGCCGAUGUUAUGUCUUCAGUCACCGCCAAGUAUUCUUAUUCACCCUCCAAAGCGGAAGAGGUAGAGCAUAGUGUGGCCAGUGUUGAAAAGCCAAAAUUCCCGUUAGUUGAUGUGCAGAAAACACGCUUCACUGAAACCGGUACCACUGUAUCCAGCAGCAGCAGCACAAUAGAAAGCGCAACUGAAAGCAAAGAUGGCAAGACAACAACUACUACGACCACAACAACCACUACUAGUGCUGAAGGCACAGGCGCAACUGCCAGUGAGACCACAACAACCACCACCACGACGACAUCAAGCGCUACCGGAGCACUGCCUAAAGACCCUCUAAAGGAAUGGGGUAAACCAUUGGGACUGCCAUCGCCCGCACCACUGCCCAUUGAGGGUGAUGUACGCACCACACCGAAGAAGGAGCGUCGCUUAGUGGCCACUAAGACACGUCUAAACAACGAAAAGAAUCUACGCAAACGUUCAGAGUCGCCCAAUAAGGCCAAGAAGCCGGCGCCCGUUUAUGUAGAUCUCACCUAUGUACCACACAAUGGCAAUUCCUACUACUCACACGUCGAAUUCUUCAAGCGUGUGCGAGCGCGUUACUAUGUCUUUUCCGGCACCGAACCCAGCCGACAAGUGUACGAUGCGCUGUUAGAGGCAAAGCAAACAUGGGAAGACAAGGACUUGGAGGUCACCAUAAUACCCACAUACGAUACGGAUGUACUAGGCUAUUGGGUUGCUGAGAAUGAGGAGCUUUUGGCCAAAUAUCGUAUCGAUUUAUCGCCUUCAGCAUCGCGUUGCACAAUCAACUUGCAGGAUCACGAGACAUCGUGCGCCGCCUAUCGCUUGGAGUUCUAGGCCACGGGGAUGUUUAUCUCGUUCGCCGAUGCCGAAAAUCUCAUACAACUCUACAACUAAAAGCUUAAUUCUACUACUAAAUACUUUAAGUACUAAAAAAUAAGAUCAAACUAAAGGAUAAAAUUAAAAAUUCAAACAAAUUAAAAUGGCAAUGAAGCUUUUGACCGAACAUCAAUCGUGAAGCUUUUUAUGAAACAAAGACAAACUUGCAAUAAACGAGCAAGUAAAUAAUAGCAACACAUGAAAGCUUUCUUGGCUGAAACUUGCACGUAGGCGCGUUAAGUGUGCGCACUUAAACAACCGUUGCGAAAUGUGACAGUCAGGGUGAGCUUUCACGCUUCAAAAGCCCACAACUCAGCGCCGCAACACAGGCGCAAAUACAAAAGCUUGACAUACCUGUUGAAGAAAACAAAACACAAAUACAAAUACAUAAUAUGCAACUGAAGAUCUGUAACUGAGAAAGCGGAAUGAGUGAAAGCUUGACAAAGCUUUGCGCUUAUAUAAGUACGCAGCUUUGUAGCAGCUUUUGCGCAAUUUUGGUAAAACGAGAGUUAUUAGCAUAGCAGACAUGAGCAUAAUUAUGGCGGAGUUCUUGGUGUACUACACGAGAUUUUGCAAUUGAAAAAAAUCGAGUGUAGCGCCAUUUUGUUUAUUGAUGCCGCACAUUUUUAUGCGAAGUCGCGGAAGGCAAUGAAACGGAAUAGCGGCACUUGUAAUGCAAAAGAAUUGUAAUUUAAGCAAAAAGGUAAUUACAGUAAUUAAAUGCAUAUUUGUUGAAGAUAUUUAAUUACACAAAAGAGAUAUAUAUACACGUAUGUAUUGCCUGAUUCAUGUAAGGAUGUCGAUGGCUCUUUAAGAAACCCAAAAACUAAAAAACACAUGAAGUGAACGCUGAAAGCAAAAAAAUUAUCCAAACUAAACACAGAAUAUUAAAGCAUAAUAAAUAGCUAAUAAAAUAACAACUUUGUGAGCAGAGCAAACCAUGAGCGAGUUGAUGAGAAUAGAUUGCUGAGAAGGAAAGUUAAAAUAAAUAUUAAAAAGCUUUGAAA